CUGAAUUUAUAUCCAUAAAUCCAACAUGACGAAGUUCAUCGUACUUUUGGCAGUCUUGGCCGUCAGCUCCCAGGCUCUGGCAAGACCUGAAUCUUUCCUGACUGAACUUAAAGAUCUAGUUGAGGAGGGUUUGAAGGAAUUUGAAGAAUCGGUUCAAAAUAAAGAGAAUAAUUCCGAAUCUGACGUCAGCGCCACUUCCGAUGCAUCCAGUUCAAACUCAACCGAGUCCGAAUCCAAUUCUGACUCGGCUGUUUCGUCCGCUGAAGACUCGUUAGACUCCGAUUCCACCUCCAACGCCGUCUCAGAUGAGUCGUCCGCUUCAAGCGCGUCUGACUCGGCUGCCUCCGAUUCCACCUCCAACGACGUCUCAGAUGAGUCGUCCGCUUCAAGCGCGUCUGACUCGGCUGCCUCCGAUUCCACCUCCAACGACGUCUCAGAUGAGUCGUCCGCUCCAAGCGCGUCUGACUCGGCUGCAUCCGAUUCCACCUCCAACGACGUCUCAAACGGAUCGUCCGCUUCAAGCUCUUCUGACUCGGCUGCCUCCGAUUCCACCUCCAACGACGUCUCAGAUGAGUCGUCCGCUUCAAGCGCGUCUGACUCGGCUGCCUCCGAUUCCACCUCCAACGACGUCUCAGAUGAGUCGUCCGCUCCAAGCGCGUCUGACUCGGCUGCAUCCGAUUCCACCUCCAACGACGUCUCAAACGGAUCGUCCGCUUCAAGCUCUUCUGACUCGGCUGCCUCCGAUUCCACCUCCAACGACGUCUCAAACGGAUCGUCCGCUCCAAGCUCUUCUGACUCGGCUGCCUCCGAUUCCACCUCCAACGACGUCUCAGAUGAGUCGUCCGCUUCAAGCGCGUCUGACUCGGCUGCCUCCGAUUCCACCUCCAACGACGUCUCAGAUGAGUCGUCCGCUCCAAGCGCGUCUGACUCGGCUGCAUCCGAUUCCACCUCCAACGACGUCUCAAACGGAUCGUCCGCUUCAAGCUCUUCUGACUCGGCUGCCUCCGAUUCCACCUCCAACGACGUCUCAAACGGAUCGUCCGCUCCAAGCUCUUCUGACUCGGCUGCCUCCGAUUCCACCUCCAACGACGUCUCAAACGGAUCGUCCGCUCCAAGCUCUUCUGACUCGGCUGCCUCCGAUUCCACCUCCAACGACGUCUCAAACGGAUCGUCCGCUCCAAGUUCUUCUGACUCGGCUGCCUCCGAUUCCACCUCCAACGACGUCUCAAACGGAUCGUCCGCUCCAAGCUCUUCUGACUCGGCUGCCUCCGAUUCCACCUCCAACGACGUCUCAAACGGAUCGUCCGCUCCAAGCUCUUCUGACUCGGCUGCCUCCGAUUCCACCUCCAACGACGUCUCAAACGGAUCGUCCGCUCCAAGUUCUUCUGACUCGGCUGCCUCCGAUUCCACCUCCAACGACGUCUCAAACGGAUCGUCCGCUCCAAGCUCUUCUGACUCGGCUGCCUCCGAUUCCACCUCCAACGACGUCUCAAACGGAUCGUCCGCUCCAAGCUCUUCUGACUCGGCUGCCUCCGAUUCCACCUCCAACGACGUCUCAAACGGAUCGUCCGCUCCAAGCUCUUCUGACUCGGCUGCCUCCGAUUCCACCUCCAACGACGUCUCAAGCGGAUCGUCCGCUCCAAGCUCUUCUGACUCGGCUGCCUCCGAUUCCACCUCCAACGCCGUCUCAAACGGAUCGUCCGCUCCAAGCGCGUCUGGCUCUAGUCACAGACUUUUGCUCUGAAACUAAGCUGUAUUUUUUCUCGGACGUAGGUGACAGUUCCAGUUCUAAUGACAUCUCCAGUUCUGGUAAAGACCGAUCCAAUUCCGAGGACCAUAUAUUAUAAAUUACCGUUUUUAACGAUUUAGUGAUCGUGUUACGCUGUAUCUCUAGGUUUAAAAUUUGUUUAGCUUAAAUACGUUGCAGUGCACAAACAUCAGAGCAAUGCGGGGAUACUAGAGAAACUCAAGCAAUGAUACGAUUACUAGUUUAAGGAUAUGCAGUUUCACUCGUACCAGGGCCACUUUCAGUAAAAUUUUUAUUAUAUUCCACUGCACAAUGUAUGUAAUUCCUUAUUAAUCGUGAAUAAAUAUCAACUGUGUUUAUCUGAA